GGUACCCAGCAUCGUCGCUACAUUUUCUGUGUUCGUUCCUGGUGCUGAUUGCGCCAAUUCCAAGAUGGCCGUAUUUGAAAUAUACCCGUGCACAUGUGUAACCUGUCGUGUUUUUGAACAGAUCUUUUAGUACUUGUCGAGACAUAGCACGAAGAUAUUCAUUGUACGUAACCGAAGGGUUUUCCAAUAUAGAUUUCCAUGCAUGUAAAUAACAUACGCAGAACUCUCGCAGUAUGCAGGCACCGAAGAUGAUCGCUUUUUAUCUUCCUAUAUUUGUCGUAUCGUGCACGGCGCAGGUGCAAAAUACGACGCAGGCCGGACCAAUCAGCGUGGAGGAAUCUACUGCUGGCAAUUCAGUUCAAACUGAUCGGAACGAGCUACUUUUUAAAAGACUCUUUGCCCGGCGGCGUGAGGAACAUGUAGAGGCUGUUAGGGGAAUAAGGAAAAUGGAAAAUUAUGAAAGACAGUAUAAAAUGGUCAUGAUAUUGGCUGAAAAAGUUUUCGCCGUUAUCCAGACAAGCCGAGAUAUUUUAGAAAGGGCUGAAUUUGAACCCGGCAACACUCCGUUUCCAGAGGAUGCAAAUCUGCGAGAUGCUCUAUCCAAUAUUUUGGAAAAUACAGCCCUAUUUGGCGACAUAAUCCUGCAUUUACCAGAGAUUAGCCAAAGGGUGUUAAAUACACAGCAGCAAUGGGAUAUAAUGAUGGAGUGGUCUUGGAACUUCGCUAAUCAAACCAGACACCUGCUCGACAAGUCGACUAACACAAUGAUUCAUUUGGUUGGUCAGGAGCUUAAUAUAACAACUCGCGAGCCUGGGUACUUUAAUCCAUAUUGGUCAAAUGCUGCAGGAGAAUUGACUCAUAAUGAGGAGACAAGUAACAAGCAAAAGAAGAGACCGAAAAAAGAAAAACGAAAAAAAGGUCCAAGAAUGACGAAAAUGGAAUUGUAAAUUG